AAGAGUGUUGUGACUGUUGUCUGUUGCCAUUAGUUUUAAAUUCGUGAUUAGCAUUUGCUUACAUAUUUUGUUGUGGUGUUUUUAAAUUUUACCAUCUUUCGUGAUUACUUACUGCGUUAAUGGUCUUGUGUUGCUCGUGAUCACUUGUUCGCAGCCAUCAUGCGCGUUAAAAUCCCCGCACUGUUCUGUUUCUCGGCGUUUGUCACUAACGGACGAUGUUUCCACAGCUGCUCGGAGAAGCUCAACAACACCACGACCAAACAGCUGAAGGUGUUGCGAAAUCCCCAACAACCCCGACGGCCAUCUGCCUCCACCGUAACAGAACCCUUGGGACCGCAGUUUCGCUAUCGACAACGAUUAUUUGAUUACAUCAACAGUGAUCCGAAAUUUUCCACGCAGUUAACGCAGAGUGUCGGGGACGCUUCGAAGGCCGCAUCGGAUCACAGCGAUUUCGCUGAUCCGAACCUCCUCGGCAGCAGUCUUUUUAGCCACCGCUUAAACGAUUGGUUGGCCAUUGCCGAAGCCUACCUUCGCGCGGCAGAGAUAGAUCUGCGCACGCCAGCAUUUCACAGAAUAUUUUUACAAAAACUGGAGAACCUUGAUACUGGCAUCACCGUGCACGAAGCCCUGCAAUCUCUCUUGUACUGCGCGAAUUAUCGAAAAAUCUCUGAACGACUGGAGGAUUCGCUGCGCCGUGUUAUCGUGGCGAAAGCCAGUGAACUGCGUCCCAAAGAUAUUGAAGUGUUAGCAUUUUCGGCGUACAUCCUGAAAAUCACCUUCAGCGCGCAUCCUGAUUUUUUGCAACAUCUCGCGGAUGUCAUAUCAUCCAGUAAUAUGGAUUUUUCCUCCAUUGUGACGAUUCUGAAAUUCUUCCGGCAGAAUUCCUUCAUCGACAGGAAUUUUCUGGAGCGUCUCGCCGAUCGAUUAAUAAAACUCCAGCAUGAUGAAUUAAAAUCCGUGGAAUGCUGUCAUUUUUUGCAGUCUUUUUCCGCGGCGAGAUUUUACGAUGCGCAUUUGUACGAGCUACUGCAGAGCAGUAUUUUAGACACGAUGCAGCAGCAACUCGGUUUAUACGACACUUUGUCGCCUGAUGCGCUGACUAAACUGCAUCCGUCGGAGCGAUUCCGUCCGAAAGAUAUGGCGAAUUAUUUAUACGCGCUGGCGCACGUUAAUCAUCCCAUUCGCGAUGUAAAUUUUGUUUUUGCCGAAUUAUCCCGUCGUUUGACGGAAUUCGAGCGCUUCCCAUAUUUAUUGGUGCAGGCGUUGUAUGCGCUAUCGAUGCAGGCACAAUACAACACCGAUUUAUUAAAAAUAAUUUUUUCACCCGGUGUCUCGCGGAAAUUGGCUCGGGAAGGAUGGAAAGACGCGCGACGCUGGUUAUACUGUUUAUACAAAAAUUGCCAACUGGAAUUCCCGAGUGGUGUGACCGCCGUCGGGAUCAGUGAGGCGCGAUUGGCAGCGGGUUUACCGCGGGAUUUUGAGAAAGCCGGGCUGGAAUUAUCCAAGCGGGAGGAGAAGAAAUUGUACAAUGUGGGAGAAGUGUUGAAAAAACUGUACGGGAAGGAAGCGGUGUGGUGGGGCCGCGCGGUACCGCAGGUGGAGUUGGCGGGGUUUGUGGUCAGUAUUCUCGGCGGGGAUAUUGUGGAGAUGGUUAGCAGAGGGACACCGGCGAUAUGCAGGUGUCCAUGCAAAAAUUCGCGGUGGAGAUUGUGGAUGAGUCGGUGCAGUGUGUGAAUUGUUCGCAGUGGUUGGGAGAUGUGGUGAUGAAGCAGCGUUUGUUGGGGGUCAUGGGCAUCCCGGUUACGUUUAUUGACGGGCGAGAUUGUACAGAUUUGGAGAAAAUCGAGAAAUUGUUGUCGUCUAAAUAAUGUGAUUUUCUUGCUCAUUUUCCUGUAUUAAUGCAAACAAAACGCAUGAUGAAACUGCAUUAUUGUGAUUUUAAUAUUUAUUUAAUUUAGGUAUUCGUACUACUGUCUUGUAAUUAAUUGUAAGUUGAAAGUAUUUCCGAAGAUGAAAUCGUUUUCUUUUUGCAAAAUUU